AAUCAAAACAGCCGAAACUGGAGGCGUGUCGUCGUGUCUGCCCCGCAAUCGCUGUGUAAACAAGUGGAGUGUAACAUUGCCUAGGCUAGACCCAACUCUGCCAGUGGAGUGCAGAGACCACAACCACACACAGAACACAUUAUUACUUCCUAUCUGCACGCCUUAUUCGAUCUGAAGCCUCCCUUUCUCUCUUUCUGUACGUUGUGUAGCACACAGUUAUCAAAUUAUUUGCUCUCGACUCGACGGUGUUUCUCGAAGAUUCAGAUAGCCUACAGGACAGGGCGAGAGAGAGAGAGAGAGAGAGAGAGAGAGACCGAGAAAUCUUCAUUCUGCUGUCAACUUGCAAGCACGCGUUGACCAGACUCCCAGCCAACCACCACCACCACCACCACCACCAACAACAACAACAACGAUAAUUCAGCAAACAUGAACAGUCAAGCUCCCGCCAAAUGCCCUGUGACCAACGGUCAAGCGGCCAGCCCGUUCCGUGAGUGGCGCCGGCCCGAUCUGCCCAACAAGUGUACCUUCACAGUGGACACACCCAUCGAGAAGUCUCCGCACAGGCACUUCAGGAUGAAAACCCGGCCCAAGAUCCUCCCCAACAUUCUGUACAAUAUAGGGGACACGCCCCUCGUGCGCAUCAACAACAUUACAGCCAAGGAGGGCAUUGAGUGCGAAGUCCUCGUGAAAUGCGAAUAUUUCAAUGCUGGUGGCAGUGUCAAAGACAGGAUCGGAUACCGUAUGGUUUCAGACGCAGAGGAGGCAGGCCAUAUCAAACCAGGGGAUGUGCUCAUUGAGCCUACGUCAGGGAACACAGGCAUUGGUCUGGCCCUGGCGUGUGCAGUCAAAGGUUACCGCUGCAUCAUCGUCAUGCCGGAGAAGAUGAGUAUGGAAAAGUAUCGUAACGCAAGUAACCCAGUAGCCCACUUUGAUUCGACGGCGGAAGAAAUCCUCGAAGCCUGCGACGGAAAACUUGACGCUCUGGUCUCGUCCGCUGGGACUGGUGGGACUAUUGCUGGUCUGUCUCGCAAGAUUAAGAUGAAAUGCCCAGAGUGUAAGAUUGUGGGUGUUGACCCCGAGGGUUCCUUGUUGGCAGUGCCUGACAGCAUGAACAAGUCGGACGUCUCCUUCUACGAGGUGGAGGGCAUCGGCUACGACUUCGUGCCCACCGUAUUGAGCAGAGACCUGGUAGACAAAUGGUACAAGAGCUCGGACAAGGAAUCUUUUGUCAUGUCUCGCAGGCUCAUCAGGGAGGAAGGACUCCUUUGCGGUGGCAGCAGUGGCUCAGCGAUGUACUGUGCCAUCAAGGCCAUCAAGGACCUGGGUCUGAAGAAGGGUCAACGUUGUGUGGUCAUUCUGCCAGACUCUGUCCGAAACUAUAUGUCAAAGUUCCUGAGUGACGAUUGGAUGAGUCAGCGCGACUUUCUCGAGGCAAACGGAGAGGCAGAGAACAACGGAGAAUGUCGACGCGACUGGAGCAUCUUGGGAAUGGCUACCGUGGGCAACAUGAUGGCUCAGAUUGUGAAGAACAGGGUGCGGCCCAGCGACCCUGUGUCAAAGGUCAUGUACAAGCAGUUCAAACAGAUCCGUAUGGACACAUCCCUUGGUGAACUGUCGAGAGUGCUGGAUACGGAUCAUUUUGUUCUGGUUGUUCAUAACCAGAGGCAGUGUGAGUCUGAUGAUGGCACAGAGGGGAAAGUGGAGAAGAAGCAGAUGAUAUUCGGCAUCGCCACCCGCCUUGACCUGCUCAACUUCAUCACUUCCCACGACCUUGACCACAAGGAGCAGUGAGUGACGCACUGGUCAUCCAUCCGUCUUCUAACGAGUGACAGCCAGCCAGCCAGUCAGUUGCUGAGUCAGCAGUGUCGUCAGCCAUCUGUCAUGUGACAGCUGGUCAACUGUCGACGUAGUUUCCAGUCGUCUGUCCUUGUCAUUUACCGGUCCUGUGUGUUCGUCUGUGUGUGUGUCAUGUCUAGUGGUUGUUGUGAAGUUCGUGUCACUGACUUCACUUUGAUUCAUUCUCUCGUUAUUGUGUAUCUUAGGAUGCAGUUUGAUUAAAUUCUUGUAAGCUUUAUUGCAUACUCUCUCAUUCUCUCUCUCUCUCACUCACUCUCUCUCUCUCACUCUCUCCCUCUCUCUCUCUCUCUCU